ACGUAAUGUCAACGACGAAUGUCGAUGUCGUGACUCUCAGAUGUCAUGUAUCAUCAAAUAUCAAUUCACUAUUUCAUGAGAAUGAAAUAAGGAGUGCAAUUUGAGUUCUUAUCAACAUCAUAUUGUUUGUCAGAGUAUUAUGUUCUGUUUCUGUUCUCAUAACAGUACUGUAAUCUGUUUCAAGUUUUACAAGUAACAUACCACGGCCACACAUGUUUGCAUUAGUUAUACACAUUUUAUUUCGUCAGUGCUGAGCCGGCUAAGAUAAAAUUAUCAAGUGUAAAUGAAGACUCCGAGAAAAUCGUCAAAGAACAUAAUGCGCAAGUAUUAUCAAUUGAUUUUGGUUUUAAUCAGCUUUAUUAGUAUUGUAACACUUUUGAUUUACCGUCACGAAUACUAUCGUCUCCGAUAUGUUCUGGAGGUGCUUAACUUUUUCGGCAAGCCCGGCUUAUCGGAGAUAGAGUUCUGUGGACCAGGAUUUAAUGCCACAAUGCUGUCUGAAAUACUCCGAAAUUCUUCUAUGGAAGUUCGCGAAACUCCGCCACUAUUCCAACAGAUAGAUGAAAAUUUUUACUCCUACUCGUCGUUCUUACGAUCGUAUCAAAAGUAUCAGACCUUGACUCCAUCUUAUGCUCACAGUAUCGAUACUAUUGUUAUUGGCAAGACCAAUGUAAAUCCUGCUUUCCGCUGUAAUAUUUGGUUUGAGAAUGAAUCUAAACCAAAAGCUGGACGUUUUACCCACAAAGUAAUUGUUGAACAUGUAAAUUUUACUGUGUAUGUAUUUCGGUGUAUAACGAACAAAGACUUUGGUAAACCAAAAGGAAUAAGUUUUUAUGUAAAUGAUUAUAACAUAAAUCCUAUCCAUGCUCCUAUUAAUCGACUUAUUGAAGUGAAUACAAAACGCAAGCCUAGAAAAAUGAGCAAUAUAAAAUUUGUCAAUAAUAUUGUACCAGCUAUUUGUGUGUUACCAAAUCGAGUUCCUAUUGUUUCAAGAGAUUCAUUUAUUGAAUUUCUUGUGUUCCAUCAAAUGAUGGGUGUCAAUUAUUUUACAAUAUAUGACAGUACAAUAUCAGAAGAUGUUAUAAGAAGAUUAAAUUUAUUACCAUCUGAUAUAACACAAUGGAACAUACAAUUUUUCCCUUUAAACUACCCAUUUAUAUUUUCAAAGUCUUACUAUAUAGUACGUAUUGCGGUGGAGUUAGAUUGCCUCUUCAGACAUUUUCAAUAUGAUAAAGAAGAAGCCGAUAAAGUAAGCCAUGUGAUUGUGCUCUCUUGGGAUGAAUUUUUAGUACCUCGUGUUCAUGAUAAUAUUAAAAGUGUAAUCGGAGAUUUUGAUCCCAUGAGAUCAUUACAAAUGGUUGCAUAUACACUUUUAUUCUGUUUGAACCAACCCAAAGAUGAUAAUGCUGUUAUUGGAUAUCCUGAUAUAUUUAAUAAAAGGCAUUAUUUUAAUUUGCCUGAUAACACUCCAUUUACACAUAUAAGAAACCUCGAUGCAAUUUCAACAUUUGAUGAAAUAUUCAACAUUUCUUUAGAAAAAAUGCAAGUAAUUCCCGAGAAAAUGCUCGCUGCACACAAAUACACAGAAUGUAGAGACAGCAAGAAGUAUAGCCUGAGUGGAUACAAUGAGACACAGUUGCAAGUCUUUCCUCACAAACUCGAAGGUGCAAUGACACAGUUUUCACAAGAAUUAUUGAGCAAUAGAGUUUAUAGAUUGUAUAAAUCUGGUCAAAUAUGGGAGAGAAGUUCAAGUGAAAAUGUAAGAGACAUGUUGUAGACUUAUGAUACUCAAAGAAAAUAAUUUUGUAGAGUUAAAAUAUGCUUAAAAGCUAGAAUAGAUGCGGCAUAGGAUUGUUUAUAGACUUUAAAAAUAUAUAAUAGAAGUUUCCUUCGCAAACGUAGGAGUUUAAGGCCCAUACUAGUGCCUAUUGCCAUUUAUCAUGAAUUCAUAUUUUUAUAUAGUAAAUUUGAUUUUAGAGUGCAAUGGAAAGUUUUAACUGCAAGCAUAGGUCUUCACAAGUUGGUGAAUUGUUCUGUGCAACGUUUCAUGUGAAUAAAAGUAGCUAUAAAGUAUGUAUGACUUGGUUUUUAAAUUAUAGUUAAUGCGGGAUUGCUACAAAAUAUACUGCCAUAUUUUUAUGUAAUGUUAUAAUUUGAUAAGUUUUUUUUUUGUUAAAUUAAUGGUUGUUAAUUUCUUAUUAAUGUUAUAUAUGCACUACACUUAUUCUGUCCGUUUAAAAUGAUAGUACAAUCGUUUAACUUAAAACAUUUUAAGCUCUCUGUAUAGUCAUUGUUAAUGUUCAUUGUAAAAUUAACAUUAAAUUUUAACUAAAGUGACAGUUGUAUGACACAUAUUGUCUUUUUUUUUUUCAAAGGAAACAAAAGAGAUGAGAUAUGAGUGAUGACCAGUGUUACUGUAGUCAAGUGCUAGAAUAAAAUAUGAAUAAUAACAAUGACUUUAUUUAAGGUGGGAUCUGUAUUCACAUGUUAUGUCUUACGUUUCUUUUAAAAACUAUGGUAAAAUACCAUCAUUUUGUGUCACUAGACACAGGUGUCAUGUUUUGCUGGUUAUUUGGUAAAAACUUUUUAAGUAUCCAUUUAGAGUAUGAUUUGAUGAUUAUUUAAACAGUAUUUUGUUGAUGUAUUUAUUAUAAGGUAUAGCAGUGUUAUAAAAACUUGCCCUUAUAUAAAGCCAGUAAGUCAGUAAGGAUAGAUAAAAUGUGUAUAACAAGUUACAAUAGAUCUAUGCCUCCAAUUGGGCUAUAUUUUGGGUUGUAAAAUGUUGCCUGUAUUAGAACUAUAUAAAGGUGUCUACAAAUAAUUUGACAUUAAUUACAUUAAUUAAUUUUAUUUAAUUGAAAUUUGAUCUUAAAUUAAUUGGGAAUGUUCAUAUUUUGUUUAAAGGUUUGUUGUGAUUAAAUUUUUAUUGUAAGUUAUAUUUUUAUUUUUAUAAAUGGCAGCAUUAAGAUUGAUGGGCUGUUUUCUUGCUGGCCUAAUUGGUAGAAUUGUGACCGUAAUAUAAGGAUGUGCCUUGAAAGUAUGAGGGUUAUUUAUGGUUAAUUCCUAACCAAACUUUGUUAACGAAUAUAACGCUUCAUUAUAAGACUGCUUAUCUAAAAGAAGUUUCACGAAUUUAGGUAGUUUACGUCAAUAUUAUAUUAUUAAACAAUAUAAAGUUA